AUGAGCGGAAAAGAGGCAGAAAAAAAAGCGGCAGAAGAAAAGAAGAGAAAAGAAGAGGAAAGGGUGAAAAAGGAAUUAGAAAAGGCCAAGAAAGAAGCAGAAGAAAAAAGGUUAAGGGAAUUGGAAGAGAAGAGGAGAUUAAAGGAACAGAGGAAAGCAGAAGAGGAAGCAAGAAAAAAAAUUGAAGAGAACAAGAAGCUGGAAGAGGAGAAAUUAAGGAAAGAAGCAAAAGAGCUGGAAGCGAGGAAGCAAGCCGAGGAACGAAGAAUACAGCAAGAACAAAUUCGUACCGCCAAGGCAGCUCCUUGGUCUCAGUCCAGUUCAACUCUUGGUAUGAGUCUUGCCGACAUUCAGAAAUCCGAAAGAGAAAAGAGAGCUCAGGAAACAGCUUUACAAAUGCAACGUCUGCAGGAGAAGGAAACUCAACAGCAGCAACAGCAACAGCAAGAAAAACCGACAGGUAUACAGCUUAGUUGGGCAAGGAAACCUGUUGAGCCAAGGAAGGUUAAGUCUUUAGCAGAGAUUCAGGCUGAGGAACAGGAGCGAUUGGCAAAACAAGCUGCCGAAAGCCGUCUGCAGAAAGAAAAGGAAGCACCGCCAGUUAUAAAUAAUGCAAGCAGUAUUUGGAAUAGCCAGAGUUUGACAUGGGCAAGUGCGUCUGCCACUAAUUUGCAGUGGUCAUCUUUAAAUAACAGUGGGGGAUUUUGGGAUGAUUCCUCUCACAAACAAACAGCGAGUAAACCGUCCACAGUAUCUAAAAGUAAUUCUACAAAUUCAGUCAAUGCUACUCAUAAACAGCAACAGCCGGCUCAGAAGCAGCAAACUAAGAAUAAAACAAAGAAAGAAGAGUCGUCUAAGACCAAUCACAACAACAACAACAAUGCUCCAUCUUCAGAUGAAUUUACCAAUUGGUGCUAUAAGACUUUAUCUAAUAUAACAACUAGUGUAGAUAUUCCAACUUUUGUAACUUUCUUACGAGACAUAGAAUCGGCAUUAGAUGUCAGAGAGUAUUGCAAGGAGUAUUUAGGUGAGAGUACAGCAACGCAGCAGUUUGCCACUAACUUUUUAGAGAAGAGACGUUCCUUUAAACCUAAGAAUAAUGCUCAUAAAGAUGAUAUGUGUUCUCCGGCUCCUGCUAUUACCCCUUCCUUACAACACAGUACUGAAUUCCAAGAGGUCAAGGGCAAAAAUAAGAAGAACAAGAAAUCAAAAAUGUUGAAGGUGGACUCUCGAAUUUUAGGCUUUAACGUAACUUCUGCUCCGGACCGAAUCAAUGUGGGUGAUAGAGAUUAUGGUGAUAAUUCUUAAAAAUAGUUUAUAUGUACCAGAAAAAAACAACAGAUUGUUAUGAUUGUACCUAAUUAUAUUAUACAUAAUAUGAUUUUUAAGACAAUUUUUUUAGUUUACUUUGCUUAUUUAUGUGUAAUACAUUUUUGU